CGAUUUUUGUAAGCGAGUUUGUAUCAACUUACAACCACCUUGACUUUACCUGAUUUUGCACAUACAUUAAAUGUCUUUAAAUCGUUGGAGUUGGUCACACGGAAAUCGGUUUUCCCAUACGAAUACGUAGACAGUUGGGAAAAACUCGACGAAAAUCAGUUGCCAACCCGCGAAAAUUUUUACAGUUCCAUUACGAAAAAUACAGUAUCCGAAGAGGACUAUGAACAUGCAAAAAAAAUGUGGCAACACUUUGAAUGCAAAACUAUUGGUGAUUAUAGUGACAAGUAUUUACUUGUCGACGUUAUGGUACUUGCUGACAUAUUUGAAAAGUUUCGCGCGGAGAGUUUAAAAAAUUAUUCUCUGGAUCCCACUCAUUAUUACUCAUGUCCAGCCCUAUCAUUUGAUGCUAUGUUAAAAUAUACUGAUGUCAACAUUGAAUUGAUAACAGACCCAGAUAUGUUAUUAAUGUUUGAAUUGGGUAUACGUGGAGGUUUGACACAAGUCAAUCAGCGGUAUGCUCGAGCAAAUCAUCCAGGUAUCUCUGACUACAAUCCCAAUAUUCCACAUAAAUAUCUUCAAUACCUAGAUGCUACAAAUUUAUAUGGAACAGCAAUGAUGGAACCGAUGCCACUUGGUAAUUUUGAAUGGUCAACUGUUACAUUGGAGGAAAUACUUGACACAGCUGAGGAUGCUGAUCAUGGAUAUCUUGUGCAAGUCGAUGUAGAUUAUCCACAACAUUUACAUGAUUUACACAACGAUUUACCAUUUUUUCGGGUAAACGAGCAUCCACCUCUACCGUCUGCCAAAUACAACAAACUGAUGACCACGUUGUUUCCAAAACGUAAUUACGUUGUACACUAUCGAACAUUAAAACAAGCGGUAAAACACGGUGUGGUUAUCACAAAACUGCAUAAAGUCAUAAAGUUUAAACAAUCUCGAUGGUUGGCACCGUACAUCCAAAUGAAUACAGAAUUACGUAAAAAAGCCUCCAACAAGUUUGAACAAGAUCUACCAAAAUAUAUGAUCAACUCCAACUAUGAUAAAACAUUGGAGAACGCCGUGUUGGAUAUUAGUAAAUGUAUCAUGUACAAGUUUCAUUAUGAUAUAAUGCAACCAUUUUAUGGUCCUGAAAGACUUAGACUCGUGUAUAUGGAUACAGACAGUUUUAUUUAUUUAAUAUUAACGCAUAGUUUUCAGGAUGAUUUGAAAAAAUAUCUGUUUGAAUACUUCGACACUUCCAACUAUCCCACUGAUCAUCCAUGUUACAGUGAUAAACGUAAAAAAACACCGGGUACAUUUACCGACGAAUGUAAAGGUAUGCAUAUGGAGGAAAUUGUUGCACUCUUGCCCAAAGUCUAUGCGUACCUGAUUGCCUACAAAAAUUAUAAAAACGUUUUGCGGCAAGAAGAAGUGAAGCGAUUGAAGG